AUUUAACUAAUUAAGGCGUAACUCUCCCACUACAAAUACCCUCUUUUCUUUACAUCACACCAUUCUCCUGCCUACUUACCUUGUUUUCUUCCAUCUUUGAAAUACAAGAACCCUAAAUAAUCUCAAGCCAUGAAUCCCACACUGGCCACGUUAUCAUCACCAUCCCUCUCUUUUCUUCCCUUGAAACCACUUUCUUCCCCUUCAUUCCUCACUUUUCCUUUUCCCAAACCCCUCAGGCUUAGGGCUUCUUCUGCAAAUUUUGAUGCCAUUCCCGUUUCUAAACCUAACAACAAUGGCCAAUCCCUCUCCCAAAAGCUUCAAUCAUUUGCCAAAACCGCUGUUUUGGUCGGUGCCACAAGUUUGAUGAUCGGGAAAUUCUCCAACUUCCCUGCCAAAGCCGAUUCUCUACCGGCAACGACUGAACAAGAACCUGCAGUUCAAGAAAACGAACAACUGAAAACCCAAAGCCCAAAAGAAACUUCACCGUUUUCUGAGUUUCUGGGAUCUAAUGACGAAGCUAUUGCGGCAUUACAGUCGCUUUUGCAACAGAAGCUCGAAAACGGCGAAGACGAAGAAGCGCUGAGUAUCUUGAACCGAUUGGUUUCUGCACAACCAGAUGUUAUUGAUUGGAAAUUCUUGUUAGGGAGGCUGUUGGGGGAAAUGGGUCAAACGGAGAAUGCACGUAAAGUGUUUGAGGAAAUUCUUCAGUCGAAUCCGCUCUCUUUCGAAGCUUUGUUCGAGAAUGCGUUAUUGAUGGACCGUUGUGGGGAAGGCGAAGCCGUGAUCAGGAGGUUAGAAGAGGCUUUAGCCAGGGCCCAAGAAGAGAAGAAAGUCAAAGAAGCUAGGGAUGUUCGAUUCAUAAUGGCGCAGAUACAGUUCUUGCAAAAGAACGUGGACGAAUCUUUGAUGAGUUACCAGGAAUUGGCCAAAGAAGAUCCAACUGAUUUUAGGCCGUAUUUUUGUCAAGGUAUCAUAUAUAGCUUGCUUGAUAGGAAUGCUGAAGCUAAAGAACAGUUCGCAAAGUAUAAGGAGCUUUCACCAAAGAAGUUUGAGGUGGAUGGAUACUUAAGGACAUCUUUAUCGAGAAUGAAACUGUUUGGGACCAGUGAGGAGAAUUGAGUUUUGGGGGUUUCCCAUAUUUUCUGGCAUUCAGGUGGGUAUACAGUUCAUGGGGGUAUUACCCUUUUUUCUAAAAACUUCUCCAGUAGUGUUUCAUUUAGGCCUUUAAAACCUUGUUGAAAACGGUCCAAGUGAUAUUGGAACUUCUAUGCAAGUGUCAGAGCAUACUUAACAGAAAUAAAGAGAUGAAACUUGAAACUUUUUUUUAUUAAA